UUUGCACUAUUCCUAAAAAUAAAAAAAAUAAAAAAAACAAAUAAUUAUCUGAUAGAUCACUGAUUACUUUUAUUUUAAAUGUUGAAGCUGUACUUUUUUAAUAUUCACAUUUUUGUUCAGAAUGAUGAACAGUGAUCACCUCAGUCAAGAUACAUGACUGUAAUCCACUGAGUUUGUUGCAAACAAAGGGCAGGGCCAGAGAAAGUUUGAGACUGGGCUGGCACAUGUAAAUGAAAACCUUUUAAACAGAAAGAUGUAGAUUUUAAACAAAUAAUGAAUAAAUUAUUACAACUAAAGAGGCUAUCUUGUGUAAAAACUUGGCAAAAUGAUUAAAAGCAAAUAGUCAAUGGGGUUAUAUCAUCAACAGUUGGUUUUAUUUAGGAUUAUCCUGUAUAUAUUUAGCCACUAUUACACAAAGACUUGAAAUACUGAAUUGAUAUUAAGAAAAAUAACAACUUUGAGUCGAAUCCCAGUGUUCAUUCAGCAUGCCUGGGAAAUUAGCUCCACAGUCAUCACAUUGGGUGGUAUUAUGACUUUUACAUCUUCAUCAGAACAAACUAAUUUCACUAAUGUAAACUGUUUAUUUGCAUUACUGAUGAAGAACGUGGUUGAGUUUAUGUAGAGAUAAAGAUAAAAUUCCUGAUAAAACGUGGUGACAGAUGGUGAUUCCCUUUAGUCAGAUGUGCAGCUGAUUGGUUUGGUUCACAAUCAACACGAACAUUUUUGCUUUUUCACUUUAGCUUCAUGAUUUAUGACUCCAUCAAUGUCACGUUUUUGUUAAUCUUUGUUACAUAUCAAUAAACAUUAUUUUCCUUCAGCACGUAAUUAUUUUCAUUCUCGUACUGAAAACGUUUCUCCUGCCAUUUAAUAUGCUGCGUUGACUUGUAGUUGGAUAUCUGAGACUCACCCAAGUAAAGAUCUGUUUACACGGGAUAUGUGUUAGAAUUCACUUCACACCUCGGGUGGCAGAUUUUUGGGGGUGUGGUAAAAACUUUAUUACUUCCACGACAUGUUAGAUAAAACAGUAAACCGAAAUAUAUGCUACUUUCUUUCAUGUACACGCCAUCUUUAAUUUAUACGCUGCACCACAAGGACGGUAAGUGGUUGCCUUGGAGACGCCAUUAUCAACAUCUACCAGGGUGGAGGGUUCACACUGAGUGGCAGCCUGUCUUUAACAAAAGAAGUUAGGAAUGUCGGCUACAAAAAGAAAGUCGAUACAAACCCUCGCUGAAGCUAUCUCCAAAAAAGUGGACCGCUUCAAUAAAGCAGAGACCGAAUGCCUUAUCCAGCAGUUUCAUGUGCUUGUUGGGGAGCAGCCCAGUCCUGGUAAAGCUGCACAUUGCCUGGAGAGAGGGAUGUUCAGAGGCAUAAUGCACAACAUCUUUGGGCUGACCGAUGACAUUAUCAUGGAAGGAAUCUUUAGGAUAUUUGACAAAGACAAUGAUGGCUUCAUAACUGUGGAAGAAUGGAUCGUAGGUCUUUCCAUUUUUUUACGGGGGACCUUGGAUGAAAAAAUUAAGUUCUGCUUUCAAGUGUAUGACUUGAAUGGUGACAAAUACAUCUCCAGAGAAGAGAUGUUUCACAUGUUGAAGAACAGCAUCAUAAGGCAGCCCACAGAGGAGGACCCUGAUGAAGGAAUUAAAGACCUGGUGGAUAUUACAUUCAAGAAGAUGGACCAUGAUCUUGAUGGAAGACUGUCUUUAGAAGACUUUGAAAAUGCAGUGAGAGAGGAAAAUCUACUGCUUGAGGCCUUUGGAACCUGCUUCCCAGAUCCCAUGACUAUUCAGAUGUUUGAGCACCAUGUAUUUCAAGAACAAGUGGACUGAUAAAGGAACUCAAUCCAUGUGCAUUCUGAGCAUCCAUCUUUAAUAAAAAUCUUAACAUAAAUU